AUGGGCGAUGUCGCUGCCGCUGCACCUUCCCCCACAGAAGUGGAUGAAUCUACGACGUCGACGCCCACGUCUGGUACCCGGCAGGAUACGAAGAUCAUCGCGACGAGGGCGUACCAGCAGGAGAUGCUCGACGAGAGCUUGAGGAGGAAUAUCAUCAUCGCGCUUGAUACAGGUUCGGGCAAGACGCAUAUUGCGGUGUUGAGGAUUAAGCAUGAAUUGGAGAGGGAGAACCGCAAGAUCUGCUGGUUCCUCGCGCCCACGGUGGCACUGUGCCAGCAACAACAAAGCGUUAUCAAAACGUACAUCCCAGGUCCCGUCGGCCUCAUCUCGGGCGCGCACCAGCCCGACCAAUGGAAGAACGCCGCACUCUGGAAAUCCGUCCUCGAAACCCACCGCGUUAUCGUGUCUACGCCCCAGGUCUUCCUCGACGCCCUGCGGCACGGGUAUAUCAACAUGGGUCUGCAGAUUGGGUUGCUGGUGUUCGACGAGGCGCACCACGCGGCUGAUAAACACCCGUACAAUCUCAUUAUGAAGGAUUUUUACUUCAAGCUCCCCGCUAGGUCCCCUAUGCAUGACGCGGAUUUCCCGUGUCGUCCGAUGGUGCUCGGUCUAACCGCGAGCCCCAUCUUUGGUUCUGGGGACGUAAACAAAGCAUUCCGCCUCAUCGAAGCGCAUCUAGACGCUAUGAUCUGCACACCGCGGUACAACCGCAAGGAACUCGCGCAGCACGUCCACCGUCCAAUCUUCAAACACGCGCCGUACAUGUCGUGUCCGACUCAAUCAUUCUCGACCAACCUCGCCACUCUCUCCUCCGUGCUCGAAGGACUAGACAUCCAAAAUGACCCCAACGUCCUCUCCCUCCGCUCCCAACUCUCCAAAACCCCGCCCGACUCACCCGAAUGGCGUCGGCUCGACCAAAGGCUGUCCAAGACUAUAACCAAACAAGACUCCUUCACGCAUAAAGGAUUAGCCGACUUCCACCGCGCCGCAAGCGACAUCUGCUUCUCCAUCGGCGCCUGGGCGGCGGACUGGUAUGUGUGGACCGUCGUCCAGAAAGCCAAACACGCCGCCAACCCCUACAACAACAUCAUGUCCACCUGGCGGUCCUCCGAAAAGGCGUACCUCCUCCAGAUCCUCACCUCCCUCGUCCUGAGCCCGCCAUCGUACUACGAGGACGACAUCCUCAGCGAGUGCACGGAUAAAGUACGGGUUUUGGUCGAGUGUUUGUUGGAGGAGAAGGAGGAGGUGGAAGGCUUGAAUGAGAGUUUUAGCGGGAUUGUGUUUGUGCAGAGGCGGGAUGCUGUGCUGGCCCUCGCUGAACUUUUGAAGCACCACCCGUUCACGAAGGAUUCGUUUACCGUCGGUGUGUUGUUGGGUACAUCCGAUAGCGCGCACCGGCAUUCGUUGAUGGAUGUUACACGGCAUAUCACCAAGCAAUCGCAGGAUUCCACUCUUUCGUCGUUCCGUCUAGGCAUCCACAACCUCAUCCUCGCGACCUCCGUCGCCGAGGAAGGGUUAGACAUCCCAGCGUGCGGGUCGGUCAUCCGGUGGGACCCACCCCCCAACAUGGCGAGUUGGAUACAGAGUCGUGGACGGGCACGGAGGAAGAGGAGUACGUUUACGCUGAUGUAUGAUGUUGAGGAGGAUAGGGCGCAGGCGAAUGUCGCCAAGUGGAGGGAGGUGGAGGAGAGGAUGGUUGAGAUGUAUAGUCGGAAUUCGGGAGGGAGGGAGGGAGAUGCGGGUGUGGAUGUGGAGGAUUGGGAAGGGGAGGAACCGGAUGAUUUUGAUGCUGUGUUGAGUGUUGAGAGUACUGGCGCCUACCUAACACCCCACUCGGCGGUCUCCCACCUCGCCCAUUUCUGCGCUGUCAUCUCCCGCUCGGGGUCGAACGAGAACCGGCCGAUAUACGAUAUCGAUCCGCCUGAUUACGUGCCUGGGCUACACCUCACCGCUCCAUCUGCGGCUGGAUCCCAGUCCACGGGCUUUGCUUCUUCCAUGGCUCACGCGCACCAACCCUACGCGGGUCCCUGGACGUCAACCGUCACCCUCCCCCGCUCGCUCCCUCUCCCCACGCGCUCUUUUACCACCGCGAAACCCUACGCCACUAAGUUGGCUGCCCAUCGGCACGCUGCGUUCCUAGCUUACUCGUACCUCCAUGAAGUGGGACUCCUGAACGAGCAUUUGUUGCCGCUGUACGAGGAUGGGCGGUGGAGUGAGGAGGAGGAGGAGGAGGUCAGGAGGAUGUUGGAGGAUGUUGAGAAGAGGGUUGGGUUGGUGAGUGGAGGGAGUGGGGGUGUGCAGGUUGAUCCGUGGGUUGAAGAACGGGGUUAUGAAGGUCGAGGUGGGGGUAGACUUGGGCGCAGUGUGGGUGUACUCGAUGUCGAGGUUGACGGUGGCGCCCCGACUCUAGACGCACGGACUAAAUCGAGUGCCGCUGACGACGACGACGAUACCGAUGCCAGGAUGACCAUCGAACAACAACCCGCCUCCAACGACUCCGCCUCCGCCUCCGCCUCCAACGACGACAACGAAGUAGAAGAACUCGAAGUAUGGUACACCUCCGUCCUACAAUUCAGCCACGCCCCGCCUUUGUACAUGUUCACCCGCGUCCGGGUGCCGGAGGUAGACUUUGAGGAGGGGCCGGUGUUGUAUAGGCCUGGGAGGGAGGAGGUUAGAGUUGGGGUGUAUCGCGUCGACGGGAGUAAUGAGGGGGUGCCGGAGAGGGCUGUGGUGAGGAGGACGAGGACGAGGACGAGGGAGGGUGCGGAGAUGGAGGAGGCGAAGGGUGGGGAGGAGGCGAAGGAGAAGGGCAAAGAGAGGAAGGAGGAGGCGGAGAAGAACAAGGCGCCGGUUGUCACGUCGCCUUGGUCCACCGCCGGACUCGUCUCUUCGACUGCAGCUUCCUUGCCCAAAUCGCGCUCGACGUCAUCUGUUUCGUCGUCUUCGUCGUGGUAUACGGCUGCCUCCAACACCGACGAUUCGUCUGGAUGGGACACGGUGUCAGUGGACCCAGCUGCGUCUCAUGCGGGUAUUUCGGCCGGGUCGUCUUCGUGGGAUACGCCUACUGCGUCGAAGGUUGACCCGACGUGGUGGUCGGACUCUGCAGCCGCGCCUGGCGCCGAUCCUUCUUGGUUCACUGCGACCAACUCUACCCCAUCCACUGUCAACGAUAAUGGCGAUCAUACUUCGUCCUCGGCCAAUCCUAUGUUCUCUUCCACGCGCGAUCUUACCUCUACUUUUACUGCCAACCAAACCCGAGAUACCAGUUCCACUGCCCAUGAAGACCAAAUACCCCGCGAAGAAAGCCUAAAAGCCCACGAAGGAAACCUAAAAGCCCAUGAAGACUUGAUAGCCCACGCGAAAUCCUACACCCGGAUGCUCUUCUGGUGUUUGAACGGUUCGAGGAUGGAGUGGUCCAAUACUGACUUUGCGUACCUCUUCUUACCGGUUGGGUUCGGGAAGUUUGUGGGGGUUUGGGAGGAGAGGCGGGGGUGGGGGUUGGGUGCUUCGGCGGCGGCGUCGGCGGGCAUGGAGGAGGGGUUUAAUGCAGACGCAGGUGGAGGAGGAGCAGGGGCAGGGGCAGGAGGACGGUAUUCUCAAAGCCAAGGAAGCGCGUCGAACAGCGUCUUUAUACCCGAAUCAGCAUACCCAUCCUUUAGACCGGAAUCAGCAUAUACGUCGCCCGCCCUAUCCUUCCUUCAUCGUUAUGGACCUGUGGAUGAUAUCACGAUCGUGAAGAAGAGUCUGCACUAUGGUCGACCGUAUAGUUUUGUGCGGUGGCAGUGGGAGAGGGUGGGCGAGGAGGAGGAGGAGAGGAUUCGGGAAUUCUAUAGGGGGAAGAGUAAACGGAAGGUGGAUGGUGGGGGUAGAAGGGAGGUGGAUGGGGAAGAGGAUGAGGAGGUGGAAGUGGUGUACCCGUUGUUGGUUGUGAAACCGUUCCCGCCUAGGACGAAUUUCUUGGUUCCUGUUUCGGAGGGGAAGGCUAAGCGGAAGGGAUCCAAGGACGACAUGAACGAAAGAGGGAAAGACGACGUGAGCGAGGGAGGGAAAGACGACGCGAACGAGAGAGGGAAAGACGACGACAACCACAACGAGAAGGGGAAGGAGAAGGGGAAGGAACCACCCAAAGAACUCUACCUCCUCCCGCAACACACAAGUAUCGCGCUCUUUUCGCCCGACGAGGUCGAGUAUGCCGUGCUUCUUCCGUCUGUGUUGAGGUUCCUUGGGGUGAGGUUGACCGUGAUGGGGUUGAGGGAUGGGUUGUUUGGUUCUGCGUCUGCGCUCGACUCUCUUGCGCCUUCUUUGUCGUCGGAUUCGUCGAUCUCGUCGGGUUCGGACGUCUCGACUGCGAUACAUGCUUCGUCUUCCGGUGGUUUUACGUCUUCUACCUCUACACCUUCGAACUCUACAUCUUCGAAUUUGGCGUCUACCUCCACCUCCACGCCCACAACGCUCACCCAAAUCCCACUCGACGUCCUCACAGUAGCGCUCACAGCCCCCGUCGCGGGUGAACGACACAACUACCAGCGCCUCGAGACGCUCGGUGAUACCGUCCUCAAGUUCCUCGCUGGGAUUCAGAUUUUUGCGGAGUAUCCUAUGUGGCAUGAGGGCUAUUUGACGAAAAGGAAGGAUCACGCUGUGGCGAAUGUGAGGCUAGCGAAGGAGUGUGUGAAGAGAGGUGUGGUUAGGUGGAUUAUUCGCGAUCGCUUGCUGGGGAAGAAGUGGAAGCCUAGGUACAUCACGAAGGCCGAUCCUAGCCGUGGUGAACCGAUGGAUGUCGAUCCGAUUCCUGACGUCGUUAAACGUGAUAAGCCGAAGGACACUGGUGCGAAGGAGAUUGGUGCGAAGGAGACGUCCGUGUCCGAUGCGGAGAUGAAGGUUGACAAGGGAGAGGAGUCGAAUGCGGAAGCCAAGAUCGACGACGACGGGAAGGGAUUAAAGGCCGAGACGAAGGUUCAAGGCGAGAAGAAGAAAAAGAAGAAAAACAAACAGGCGAACAAGCAGCUCUCUACCAAGGUCCUCGCCGACGUGAUCGAGUCGCUCAUCGGCGCCGCCUACAUCAGCGGUGGCUUCCCCCUCGGCUACGAAUGCGCCAAAUUCUUCGACUUGGGCUUGAAAUGGGCUCCCCUCCCCACUCGGGUCGACCAGAUCCUCUCACGUGUCCAACCCGAGGACGACAUCCCCAUCCCACCCCAGCUCGCCGACGUCGAGCACAUGCUCGGCUACACCUUCAAACGCAAGAUCCUCCUGAUCGAAGCUCUAACGCACGCGAGCUAUCGCGAGCAUAUCAACACCAUCUCCUACGAACGCAUGGAGUUCAUUGGGGACUCGAUUUUGGAUAUGGUUGUGACCGAUAUGCUCUAUCGAGCGCCCAGGGAGUAUAGUCCUGGCCAUAUCCAUCUACGCCGCUCGGCGGUCGUGAACGGGCAUUUCCUGGCGUACAUCUGUCUUGGGAUGUGGAGGGAGCUGGAGGGCGUGAUGCCUCAACCGAGUGCCAGUUCGAACGCGGGUAAGGACGACUGGAACCCGUAUCUCAAUCCUCCGACGUUCGAAGAGGGAACGACGGCGCAUAGGAUCCAUUUAUCCCAGUGUCUCUUACAUUCCAGCCAGCAGGUGCUGGACGACCUGCGCAACACGGUUGAGCGAUACGAGCUGAGGAGGGAGGAGAUUGCUGAUGCGCUGGAGCAUGGCUCGAUUUUCCCGUGGUCGUCUCUCACCCGUCUGCAAGCGCCCAAGUUCCUGAGCGAUAUCGUCGAAUCGACCAUCGGCGCUGCGUUUAUCGAUUCCGGGUUCUCGAUCCCCGUCGUCACGUCCAUCAUCAGACGAAUCGGUAUCCUACCGGUCCUCGAACGCAUCAUUCGGGACGACGUCGACGUCUUGCACCCUGUCUCAAGGUUGUCGAUGUGGGCAGCGCAGAAUGAGAGGAAGGUGGAGUACAAGUACGAGAAGAAGAGGGGAGACGUGGCAUGUACCGUUGUUGUGGAUGGGGUGGAAGAGGUGAGGGAGGUGGAGAAGUAUAGGGGUGUGUCGAGUGAGGUUGAGGUCAGGUUUGCGGCUGCUGAGAGGGCGAUUAAGGAGUUCAAGUUGAGGGUUGGGGGAGGGAGGGGGAAGACGAAGGCCAAGGCCAGUGCGAAUGAGGGAGACGUGGACGUGGAGAUGAAAGAUGGAGAAAAGAAGGAGGAGAUGGUGGUUGAUAGGAAGGGGAAAGGAAGGGCGAUUAAGUAG